AAAAAGUGUAAGCUGUGAUGUCAUAAACCCUAGAACGAGGAGGAAGGAGCUGCUAUGGCCGUGAAAGCGGAGACACUGGAGUGGAAGAGAAGAUCGGUUGUCAUUGUCGCGCUCACGGUGCUCACAAGCUCACAAGGGAUCCUGAUUGCUUGGACCAAGCGUGCGGGAUUCUACAAAUACAGUGUCACAACGGCAAAUUUCCUGGUGGAGCUUCUAAAAUGCGUUAUUUCUCUUGUGGCUUUGUUCAGAGUGUGGCAAAACGAAGGCGUCACGGAGGAUAACAAGCUCAACACAACAUUUGACGAAGUAAAAGUUUAUCCGAUUCCGGCAAUGCUCUAUCUCGUCAAGAAUCUCUUGCAGUAUUACAUAUUUAUCUACGUGGACGCACCAAGCUAUCAGGUCCUCAAGAAUCUAAAUAUUAUCAGCACCGGUGUUUUGUACUGGCUAUUCUUGAGCAGAAAGCUGUCAAACAUCCAGUGGUGUGCGUUUCUCUUAUUGGCUUUGGGUUGUACCACAGCGCAACUUAACCCAUCAUCCGAGCACGUGUUCCAGACUCAUAUGGAAGGCUGGACAAUGGCUAUUAUCAUGGCUUUGCUAAGUGGUUUCGCUGGUGUCUACACCGAGGCAAUCAUGAAGAAGAGGCCAUCUCGGAACAUCAAUGUUCAAAACUUCUGGCUCUACAUCUUCGGUGUGGUUUUCAACUUUGGAGCAAUGGUUGUGCAAGACUUCAACGCGAUCGCCGAGAGGGGCUUUUUCCAUGGAUACACCAUGAGCACGUUUAUUAUGAUCAUCAAUCAUGCUCUAAGUGGCAUCGCUGUAUCCUUGGUUAUGAAGUUCGCAGACAACAUUGUCAAGGUGUAUUCCACAUCUGUCGCAAUGCUCUUCACUGCUCUACUGUCGAUGGGCCUCUUCGGGUUUCGCCUGACUCUUCCAUUCUGCCUUGGGACAAUGAUAGUUUCCGUGGCCGUCUACUUACACUCCCAAGGGAAAGCCACAUGAACAGGAGACGAGUUGGGUGUAUUUCUAUUUGGAUUUUUGUUUACAUGCAUUGCUGACAAAGGUGGUGACGUCGAGGAA